GGGGAUAUAUUGUGCGUUUGUCAUGACGUCAUGUAUCAAUAUUCCUGUGCUGUAGUGGCAAGAAAUUUAAAAUGUAUAUUUUUCAUUAUUAUGCGGACAUUUAUCGAAAAAUAUACUUAAGAUAAUUAGUUUUAAAACAUCACUCUGUAAAUUAAUGUAGUUAUAAAUUUUAUAUAUUAAGCGAUAUGUGGGUUUUUGGGUAUGGUUCUCUUAUAUGGAAAAUCGACUUUCCAUAUGAAGAAAAAAUAUUAGGAUAUAUCAAAGGGUUCGAUAGAAGGUUUUAUCAACUCAGUACAGAUCACAGGGGAACUCCUGAGAAUCCUGGAAGAGUUGUUACCUUGAUACCAUCGAAUGAAGAAUCAAAAGUAUACGGAGUGGCGUAUAAAAUCCGUGAAAAGGAAAUACAAGACGUCGUCGAUCACUUAGAUUAUAGGGAAAAGGGUGGCUACGAAAAAAAAAUCCUUAAAUUUUAUCCACUUUCAAAAGAUGAACAACCGUUCGACAUUACAAUCUACCUCGGUGAUCACAACAACGUUAAUUAUGGGGGUCCCGCCGAUUUGAAUGAAAUAGCAACACAGGUAGUCAACAGCACAGGACCAAGCGGUCCUAACAUGGAAUAUGUUUUUAAUUUGGCCAAAUCCAUGAGAAAGUUCUUUCCUCAAGUUCACGACGAACAUUUAUUCGAGCUGGAGAAGAAGUGUCUCAAGUUGUUAAACGAAAGUAAUGGUGUAUUAAGAAACGGUAACUAAAUUGCCUAAAACCAAUGUUUAAUUCGCUUGUCAUUUUUUAACGAAAAAAUAGUUCAAAUAUCGUGAUCAUGUUUUAUCUUUAAUUGAUAGAAAUUAAUAAAUGUUUGGUUUUGAUGUUGUGCAGAUAAAUUUUAUAUAAGUAUUAAAUAUUUAUUUUUUAAAUAUUAGGGAGUUCCAGUGUCCAUAUGCUUCGGCCUUUUUAAAGCACUUUUUAUAGAACAUUUAACGAAAGUGCCAAUUUCAAAUCGACAAAUUAAUCAGAACAAAAGUAAAUUAACUGUAUCUUAUGCUCUGGGUUAUUCCAUAUAUGAAAUGCGCUUUCCAAGUGUUAUAUUCGGUAAAUUAUUGGCUUUAUAUGUACAUAUAUUGAUGUAUUAUUAAAAUAUUUUUUAUCUCAA